AAAGCUUCUUCUGACAAUUUCUUUUUAAUUUUGGAAAUGUCCUUUUCUUCAAAUGUCAGCUUUGCCUUCUGUGCGAGGAAGUCGCAAGCUCUAAUAUACAGAGAGAAGAUGGCUAUUUAAAAAUUCAAAAUUGGAUUCAUAUAAAUCUGGUCUUCGUUUGUGUGUGUUUCCUGGGUGAUUAGAUGAGUAAACGAAAACGACCGGAGCCGAAAUCAUCAUCAUCGAUGGGAGGUAUAAACGAAGACGAGAAGAAGCUGCUCACUCUUAUUAGGAGCAAAGAAGGUAUGGGCGCAACUACAUUCGAAAUGAAAGUAGGGACAAGCAUCCAGCCCACUCUGAUCACUCGAGCAAUCGCUUCUCUCAAGAGGAAUCAUCUCAUCAAAGAGGUUCCAAACAUGAACAACAAAGGGAUCAAACAUUUCUUGGGAGUUGAGUUCGAGCCUUGUAAGGAGCUUACAGGUGGGGAUUGGUACAUUGAUGGAGCUCUUGACGUGGACAAAAUCGAAGGUCUUAAAGAGAUCUGUGUCAAGAUACUGGAGAGGCAUAAGAACAGAGUCGUUACUCUUGAUGUUAUAUGUUCGUAUUUCGAAAAGGUUAUGGAUAAGGACAAGUUGACCAAAGAGCAGACCAAGGAGAUACUCAAGAACCUGGUUUUGGAUAAUGUCAUCAUGGAGGUGAAGAGCAGUGGGCUUAGCGAGUUUUCCUCCACCAGAAUCGGAGAAGUUUGCUACAAACUUACCGGGAAAAAAUCCGGUGGCGGCGAAGCAAGAGCUGGAGCUUUUGCUUCGGUUCCUUGCGGGGUUUGUCCACAUGUAGCGCUUUGUUCACCUGGCGGAGUUAUCUCCCCGACAACAUGUGUUUAUUUCCAGAAAUGGCUAGACUUUUAGCUGCUUCUUUUCUCUAUUUCUUUUUGGGUUUCAAGUCUAGAUUCAGACUUAAGAUUCUGUUUACAAUAAUACUUUAAAAGAUGU